ACCUGUCGCUCAGGUUCCUAGUCCACGCCCGCCCUGCCUGGCAGCUCGGCUGCCAGGUCCUGCCCGAGCAAACGUGGAGAGCCAGUGAGCCUGUGGCGGCCUGGCGCGCACAGACUUGCAGACGGACGGACGCGGCGUCCCGGACGGCGAAGCAGGUGUGGGCCAGACACUGGGCCCAACGGGGGCCCCACUGAGUUUUGCCCUCUCUGACCAGCACCAAGGACACCAUGAGUCAGCUAGGACCCAUGAGCUGCUGCCCAGGUUCCACCAACGGCAGCCUGGGCCGGUCUGAUGGUAUGGCCAGGAUGAGCGCCAAGGACCUGUUUGGGGCUUCAAUCUGCUAUGGGGUGAGAGAUGCCUUCUCCCGUCCAGAGCAGAGGAAGAAGUACUCCAACUCCAAUGUCAUCAUGCACGAGAUCUCCCAGUACCACGUCCAGCACCUGGCCACAUUCAUCAUGGACAAGAGCGAGGCCAUCACCUCUGUGGAUGAUGCCAUCCGGAAGCUGGUGCAGCUGAGCUCUAAGGAGAAGGUUUGGGCCCAGGAGAUGCUGCUGCAGGUCAGCGACCAGUCAGUGCGGCUGCUGGACAUCGAGACACAGGAGGAGCUGGAGAACUUUCCCCUGCCCACGGUGCAGCACAGCCAGACGGUGCUCAACCAGCUGCGCUACCCCUCGGUGCUGCUCCUAGUGUGCCAGGACUCGGAGCAGAACAAACCUGACAUCCACUUCUUCCACUGCGACGAAGUGGAGGCAGAGCUGGUGCAAGAGGACGUGGAGAGCGCGCUGGCUGACUGCCGGCUGGGGAAGAAGAUGCGGCCACAGACUCUGAAAGGACACCAGGAGAAGAUCCGGCAGCGGCAGUCCAUCCUGCCCCUUCCCCAGGGCCCGACCCCCAUUCCCUUCCAACGCCAGGCAGGGGACUCCCCUCACGCCAAGAACCGCGUGGGCCCUCCAGCCCCGCUCCAGGACCCAGGCUACCACCGUCAUCGCCGGGAAUCCCAGGAUGAGGAGCCGCGGGCAGUGCUGGCCCAGAGGAUAGAGAAGGAGACGCAAAUCCUCAACUGCGCCCUGGACGACAUCGAGUGGUUCGUGGCCCGACUACAGAAGGCGGCAGAGGCGUUCAAGCAGUUGAACCAGCGGAAGAAGGGCAAGAAGAAGGGCAAGAAGGGGCCGGCAGAGGGCGUCCUCACGCUGCGGGCGCGGCCCCCCUCCGAGGCGGAGUUUGUCGACUGCUUCCAGAAAAUCAAGCUGGCCAUCAACCUGCUCGCGAAGCUGCAGAAGCACAUCCAGAACCCCAGCGCCGCGGAGCUGGUGCACUUCCUCUUCGGACCGCUAGACCUGAUCGUCAACACCUGCGGAGGCCCGGACCUCGCGCGCUCCGUGUCCAGUCCCCUGCUCUCCCGCGACGCUGUGGGCUUCCUGCGUGGCCAUCUGGUCCCCAAGGAGAUGUCGCUGUGGGAGUCGCUGGGAGAGACCUGGGCGCGGCCCCGCUCCGAGUGGCCACAGGAGCCGCAGGUGCCCCCCUACGUGCCCAGGUUCCACAGCGGCUGGGAGCCACCCCUGGACGUGCUGCAGGAGGCACCCUGGGAGGUGGAGGGUCCAGCAGCCGCGCCAGAAGACCAGCCAAUCCCGGGGCACCGACUGUCUGCACGAAGCUCACCCAAACAUGUCCUGGGUGAGGCCACAGCUCCAGGGGACGCCCUGCCGACAGCCAGCUCCCCCCACGCUCACAGGGGCUACCAGCCAAUGCCAGCCACGGCCAAGUAUGUGAAGAUUCUCUACGACUUCACAGCCCGAAAUGCCAAUGAGCUCUCCGUGCAGAAGGACGAGGUCCUAGAGGUGCUGGAAGACGGACGGCAGUGGUGGAAGCUGCGUAACCGAAGCGGCCAGGCGGGCUAUGUGCCCUGCAACAUCCUGGCAGAGGCCCGGCCAGAAGAGGUCGGCGCUCCCCCAGAGCAGGCCGGUCAGAGAUACUGGGGUCCCGCCAGUCCGACCCACAAACUGCCCCCGACCUUCCCCGGGAACAAGGACGAGCUGAUCCACCAGAUGGACGAGGUGAAUGACGAGCUGGCCAAGAGGAUCAGUCACAUCAAGGUGCAGCAGUCUCGGCCCUUCCGGAUGGAGCGCAGCCACCCCGUGCCUCUGCCACUCACUUUCGAGUCGGGCCCGGAUGAGGUCCGCGCCUGGCUGGAGGCCAAAGCCUUCAGCAGCCGCGUCGUGGAGAACUUGGGCAUCCUGACGGGGCCCCAGCUGUUCUCACUCAACAAGGAGGAGCUGAAGAAGGUGUGUGGGGAGGACGGCGUCCGCGUGUACAGCCAGCUCACAGUGCAGAAGGCUAUCCUAGAGAAGCAGCAGAGCGGAUCAGAGCUGGAGGAGCUCAUGAACAAGUUUCAUUCCAAGAGCCAGAGGAGGGCAGAGGACAGCUAGACCUGGCUGAGUGUGCAGAAGCAGCACCCACCCCACAUGGAGUGGAAUCUUUAUAGCUGUACUGUUUUAUACCAAGGACUCAGGGGCCUAGUGGGGCGGCCACCUGCCUCCAGGCCCAGGCCUGGCCAGACCCCCAGCUCACAUACCAUCCACACCAAGGACCAGGGCCAGCCAAACCUGUGCCCACUCUGGACGCUCAGCUACGCAUCCCAAGCCACAGAGCUCCCCAGCAGAAUGGGUUUGUUCAUAGGUCUCCUGUGCUCCUGGCACUGUGAUGCUGACCCCCAGGCUGCCGGCUUUCCAUCCACCUUCCCAUCUUCCCCCCCACACCCCAGGAGUGGCUGGAGCUCAGAGCUGGCUGGACUGGUGACCUGCAUCUAGAUUUGUUCCCUUCCCUGGGUGCUGCUUGGCAAGGGCAGCUUGGGCAGGGGCUCCAGGACAGGACCCUGUUGAGGUCUAAGGGUGGACUGGACAAGAGAACUGACCUCAGACACCACCCCACAGGGCUCUGACUGUGUCCCAGGCCAGUGGAGCCUGGUUGCUGUGCUGGUGGCUAUGUCUUGGGGCCCUGGAAUGAAUAUCACACUCAGAGAUGAGACAAGGAGGCUCUGAGGUCAUGUCAUUAAAACAGUUGUCUCCUGGCA